CAAGGGGCGGUCCUCCGCGGCCAGCGCCGCCCUCUCUCGGCGCGCUCUUCUCCUCCCAGUCUCCCCCGCGCUUCCUGCACUAAGGUUUAUCCGCCGCGUCCGCUUUGCCGGCUCGCUCGGUCAGGUAGUGCCAUGGCGGCCUUCAGCAAGUACCUGACGGCGCGAAACUCCUCGCUGGCGGGGGCCGCCUUUCUCCUGCUCUGCCUGCUCCACAAGCGGCGCCGCACCCUCGGCCUGCAGGGUAAGAAAAGUGGAAAACAACUACAGAGCAAUGAGAAAGAGGGAAAAAAAGAGCGAGCUAUGGUGGACAAGGUGUUUUUUUCAAGGCUCACUAGGAUUCUGAAAAUCAUGGUCCCAAGGACAUUUUGCAAAGAGACAGGUUACUUGAUUCUAAUUGCUGUUAUGCUGGUGUCUCGAACAUAUUGUGAUGUUUGGAUGAUUCAAAAUGGGACACUGAUUGAAAGUGGUAUCAUUGGUCGUAGCAGAAAAGAUUUCAAGAAAUAUUUAUUCAACUUCAUCGCUGCCAUGCCUCUCAUAUCUCUAGUUAAUAACUUCUUGAAGUUUGGGCUAAAUGAACUCAAACUGUGCUUCCGAGUAAGACUAACUAAAUACCUCUAUGAGGAAUAUCUCCAAGCUUUCACAUAUUAUAAAAUGGGAAAUCUGGAUAACAGAAUAGCUAAUCCAGAUCAACUGCUUACACAAGAUGUAGAAAAAUUUUGUAACAGUGUAGUUGAUCUAUAUUCAAAUCUUAGUAAGCCAUUUUUAGACAUAGUUUUAUAUAUCUUCAAAUUAACAAGUGCAAUAGGAGCUCAGGGCCCAGCAAGUAUGAUGGCCUACUUGGUUAUUUCUGGGUUAUUUCUAACUAGACUUAGGAGACCAAUUGGUAAGAUGACAAUAACUGAGCAAAAGUAUGAAGGAGAAUAUAGAUAUGUUAAUUCUCGGCUCAUCACAAAUAGUGAAGAAAUUGCCUUUUACAAUGGGAAUAAAAGAGAAAAGCAGACAAUCUACUCAGUCUUCCGAAAACUGGUGGAGCAUUUACAUAACUUCAUUUUGUUUCGAUUCUCUAUGGGCUUCAUUGAUAGCAUAAUUGCCAAAUAUCUUGCCACUGUAGUUGGUUACCUAGUUGUCAGCCGUCCUUUCCUAGAUCUGUCUCAUACUAGACAUCUCAAGAGCACACAUUCAGAACUUCUGGAGGACUACUACCAAAGUGGAAGAAUGCUUUUGCGAAUGUCUCAAGCUCUGGGUCGAAUAGUUUUGGCUGGCCGCGAAAUGACUAGAUUGGCUGGUUUUACUGCUCGGAUUACAGAAUUAACCCAAGUACUAAAGGAUUUAAAUAAUGGCAAAUAUGAACGUACAAUGGUCUCUCAACAGGAAAGGGGUAUUGAAGAACCACAGGCCAUUCCCUUGAUACCUGGUGCUGGAGAAAUCAUCAAUGCAGAUAACAUUAUAAAGUUUGAUCAUGUUCCUUUAGCAACGCCAAAUGGAGAUAUCUUGAUUCGAGACCUUAACUUUGAAGUUCGUUCUGGAGCCAAUGUUCUAAUCUGUGGUCCAAAUGGCUGUGGGAAGAGUUCUCUUUUCCGUGUUCUUGGUGAAUUAUGGCCACUUUUUGGAGGACGGUUAACUAAACCUGAGAGAGGAAAAUUAUUUUAUGUUCCUCAGAGACCUUAUAUGACCCUUGGGACACUUCGAGACCAAGUGAUAUAUCCAGAUGGAAGAGAAGAUCAAAAAAGGAAGGGGAUAUCUGACCUAGUACUAAAGGAAUAUUUGGACAAUGUCCAAUUGGGUCAUAUCCUGGAACGUGAAGGAGGCUGGGACGGUGUUCAAGACUGGAUGGAUGUACUCAGCGGUGGAGAGAAACAAAGGAUGGCGAUGGCAAGAUUAUUUUAUCAUAAACCCCAGUUUGCCAUUUUGGAUGAAUGCACAAGUGCAGUCAGUGUGGAUGUGGAAGGAUACAUUUACAGCCAUUGUAGAAAAGUUGGCAUCACACUCUUCACUGUGUCACAUAGAAAGUCCCUUUGGAAACACCACGAGUACUACUUACAUAUGGAUGGUAGAGGUAAUUAUGAAUUCAAACAGAUAACAGAAGAUACAGUUGAAUUUGGCUCUUAGGAUCUGGAGAGUACUUCAAUCAAAUAAUUACAGAAUAUACUUAGAAAUUACAACAUACAACGUAAAAUGAAGUUGAGCUUUUUUUUUUUUUUUUAGACAAAAGCAUCAAAUUAACAGGCUAUAGAAUUAUUGAGAACAAGUUGUUAAAACAUUUAAUAUUAUGUAGGAUAUUGCUAAUUGUGUAUAUGUUGGUUUAAUUAUUAAUUUGUACUAAGAAUGUCUUUAUUCUUGUGGUUAAAAACCUGCCUAAAUUAAGUUGGGCUUAAAUCAGUGUAACCUGAUUCAUCCUGGGAUGUAAACCAUUCAAAGUCAGCUAAUUUGACUUUUAUGGCUCUAUCUUUUCCUUCAAUGAAGAACCCUGUUUAAAACUGGGGUCAUCACUGUUCCAACAAUGUAGUCUUAAUGUUUUAUGUUCUUUGUUCCAUGAUUGUGGAAAACAAAUCAAAGUGUAUUAUCAAAAUGUACAACAUCAUUGCCUAAUAGCAUUCAUUAUGUGGGGACAGAUUUCUUUGACUGCCACAGUUAUACUCAUUCCUUGUAUGUGUCUUGGGGUACAUUUGACUCCAGGAAAGCCAUUUGGAUUUUCAUAGACUAAAUAAUGUGCCCUCCUGGUCUCUGCAGUAUUGAGUUGUUUUUAGGUUCUCCAGGUGAUUGAUGUAAUAAAAUUAAUGUGCAGUUUUGCUUCCAAGGGGUAGUUAACUGUGUUUUAUACCUAAUCUUCCCAAUGUUUGGGACAUUAAAACACAGAGUCCUUAUGUGUCAAGCGCAAAGUCUUACAAGAUUUUUAAAAAAGAACUGGAUGGAUUUAUGUGUUAGAAAUCCAUUCAUUAGAAAUGUGGUGGUUUCAUGAUGUUUAAUUCCGGAUGAGUCAUAGGAAUGCACUACAUGAAGUGUUGCACUGAGGAUGCAAUGUUAUCACUGUCUUUGUGAUGUUAUGUUUAAAAAUAUUUUAAAUUCAUUAUGCACACUGGUGAAUUAUGUUUCCAAGGCACUGCUUUACCUCUGAAUCUUUAAUGACUUUUUAAAAUAUUUGAGUUACUAUGUUGAACUACCCUAAAAUGAGUUGAUUUCACUGUAUCAAACCACCACUAAUGACUUCAUAUAUUAUUUGCAUAGUAAGAAUGGAAACUAAAUAUUAUCAUUCAGAUCAACAUAAAGUCAGUUUUUAUCAAGCUGAGGCUUAGGAAAGGGCAUUUUAUAUUCAUGUUUCUGCAUAACUAGUUUCGUUUAUUUGCAGAAUCAACUGUAAAAAUCACUGGUAUUGAAGUAAAACUUAAUAUACUGAUUCCAUAAUACAGAACAUUAAAUUUUUACCACUUCUCUUUAGAAAACUUGUAUACUUAUUUUCUGUUCAGAUUAAAAUAUCAGAUAUCCUAUAUGA